AUGUUAGACUGGAAUAAUUCCUUAUAUUUCACAGUUGAAUAAAUAUAUAUACCAGCUUCUUACUAAUAUUCAAGUUACUAAUCAAAUAGCAUCAAAUAUUUUAUCAUAUUUGCAAUUUCUAGUGGACGGGUUACAGAUGAGGAAGUUUAGAAUGUAUUUUUACAAUAUUUAAAAAUUGAUACAUCUCUGAAGACUUUGACCCACUAUUUUGAAAUACUAACACAGAAACAGAAAUACUUGUAAUAAGUCGCAGUUACUAGUUUAAAUUACGAGGGUUUCUGGUAUAGUUUGGAAAUAAGAAACGAUGCUUUGUAAAAAAGUUUAAACAUCACUUACUAUUAAAAUUCUAAUAAGAAUAUUAUAUAUCAAAAGAUAUACCAAAACGAAUAUUUCGCUAUUACUGAUUAUUUUUCAUUUUAUUUAGGGGAAUCAAAAAUUUCUAAAUAGUUAGGAUAUUAUCAAUUUUAAGGUGUAAUUAAAUUCCAAUUGAUAGCAAAUACCACUAAGUUUAGUCCAACCGCUUAAAGUGCUUGUAGCUCAUCUUCUGGUUACGCUAUGAAAAGUUAAUUUAAUUUUACUUCAGAUUUUUAUUAUGAGCAUACAAUUAAGGACUUAGUUUUUAAAUCAUACGGAGUAACCACUUGGGCGAAGAUAGAUGAAAACAAAGCAGUAGACAAUAACUAUAUAAAUGUUCUUCAUAUACAGUAGAAUCCAAAUUCAAAAUAUCAGAACUAUAUAGGAGGAAAAUUAGCUUAAGUGACAUAUUUCAUAAAUUCAACAAAGCAACUGAUCUAGAUAUUCUACUAGACCUACACCUUCCCCUCCUUACCUUAAUUAUCAAAUACUGGUGAUCCCUUAGAAAAGAGUGUCAUUUAUGAACUCGAUAAUUAAUAUUCACUUUUUAAUUGGCAUUAUUUCUCAUACUCAUUUAGAAACAAUUAGAUUUAUUUGAAUUUAAAUUUUGUUAAGCAGAAUUACUAAUUUAUAAAGACGAUCACAAGUGUCAAUUAAUUUUCUGAUUUGAUGCUUGUGGUUCAUUUAGGAGGAACACCUACAAAUAGGAGCAAUACAAGUGGAUAGUUUAAUCUAGCCUACUUUUACCCUUGUCUUAAUUCUUAUACUCCAAAAUGCCAUUAUUCAUGUUCUACAUGCAUAGGACCUCAAUCAAAUUAGUGUUUAAGUUGCACAACGUCCUCUAAUAGAUAAUUAUCAUUUGAUUUCAAAUGCAUCUGUAAGCUUGGAUACUUAGAUUUGAGUUUGAGCACAUGUUAUUCGAUUUCAACAGCAACAGUUUAAGAUUAAUUAGUACCUCUAUCCACUUCUAAAGAAUAUGACUAGUAGGAUCCUUAUAUAAUAUGUAGUUAUGGCUAUUUUAGAUAUGAUGACAUAUGUUAUUAAUGUCCUAAAUUGAAAAAGCUGUACUUUUGUCCGGAAUGUAUCUAAUAUACAAAUACUUGGGUUUAUAAUCCGAUUUGUACUAAAGAUUAUCAAUAAUAUAAUCAGAGUGAAAAUAAUACUUUUACUUAAGACAUAAUAGCACCAUUAUAAAUACUUUUAUUGAAUAUCGAGCCUUACACGGUUUAUUUAUUUAAUGAUGAACAGCUUACAAUGUGUGCCUAUUGCAAUAGUUUAUGUCUAACUUAUCCAUAUUCUUCAAGUUGCCUUUAGAGUAAUUAUUAUCAUUUGCAAUAACAAAUAAUGGUAAUUUGUUCAUAAGGGGCAGUUUUAAUGGAUGGAGAAUGUAAAUAAUAAUGCUAUGAAGGAUGUUAAAAAUGCGAUUAUAUUAAUAAAGAAUUUUUGUGUUUGGAUUAAGAUCCAAUACAAAUUGUGACUAGAAAAUGUUAGUAUAUAUCUACAUCUGUCUGCAAGUAAUGCUAUGACAAUAAUAAUUACUUUUUAAACAUGGAGUAGAAUGAUUGUUAUCCAUGUACCAUCCCAAAUUGUAAAUAUUGCUUCUAAUAUUUAAAAUCGGACUUUAAUUACAAUUCAAUCUUUUAACAUUAACCAUUUGUUUAUGAUCAAGAGGAUUUAGCUGUAGCUUGUGCUCUAUGUCAAAGUGGUUAUGCUUUUAGUUUUUUCACAGGACAAUGUGAAAAAUAACUUAACAUCUUAUUGGGAGAUUCAUGUUCCAGUUAUUACAUAAAUUAAUAAGGGAAAUCAACAUGUCUUGUUGACAAAGACUUUUCACUUAGUAGUACUGUUUACGAUUGCAGAUAAUAUUUGUCAUAAUGUAUCACAUGUACUAGGGUUCUUUAAAAUACAUAUUAUUGUCUCUAAUGUGAAUCUGGGUACUAUUUGCAUAACAAUUAUGGUGUUUGUAUGUCUUGUAUUGAAUAUAAUCCUUUGUAUUCAGAAUGCGAAUAAGUCCAAGUUUUUGAACCCUUAUUUAAAAUUGAAUUGGCCCCUUUCUUUUUUAGUUUAACUAAAUAAUAUCCUGGGUAACAAGUUCUGGAAACUUUGAAAAUCAAAGUUAAGUCAUGUAUCAGUACUUAUGGUAUUUUUAGUGAUACCAUUUGUUCAAAAAGUGAUUCAAUAAAUUGCGAAUUUUAUGAUAGAGGAUGCAGAACUUGUGCAUCUACUAAUGAGGGAACUAAAAGGCUUACCCUUAUUAAUUUAAAAUGUUCCGAUUGUCCUUAUUUUUGCGAAUAUUGCAAGCCUCGUGAAAUUCAGGACAUAUAUUUAAUUAAUCCUUAUACAAAUGUAACUGCUACACUUCCUGAGCUUACUUACAGAUGCAUUCAAAAAUCCAGUAUUCAUAAAACUGUAUUUUUUGAUAAUCGUAUACAAUUAGUCAGAAUAUGCUCUCAAGAAAUUCCAAAAUGCGAAUUAUAUCACAUCUAGAAAUUCACAAAUUUAAAAACCUUUUACUCAGCCAUGAUAUCCUUAAGCACAACUAAUGCCCUACAAUAUUAUAAUCUGAGAGGUAGUUCAGGAUUUUCAUUUUUUAUUAACUCUAGCGCUACUUAUUUAAUGGAUAAUUCCUUUUUUUCUCUUUAUGAUAUACCAAACAAUUAUAUAUCAUAGAUUGUAAGUCUUAAAUAUACAAAAUUCACUUAUUUUUCUUAAAGUAUUUCUUAUGCCUUAAUAUUUGGAAAGCUCAGAUUUCUAAAUUUUUAGGAAAUUUAGUUUAUUCAAACUAGUAUCCUCUUCAGCUUAACUUAAUCAUCUUAAUUAAUUUUUGAAUCACUUGGAUCCAUAAAUCUUCUAUUUGAAAACUGUAUUAUUGAAGAUUCAAACACAACAUUUAGUUAUUAUAAUCAAAUUUUUGAUGUAUCAAUUUCAUCUAGAUCUUACUAAAUUGCUGUAUAAAACCCUUAUAGAAUCAAUUUUACUAAUGUCAUCAUUUCAAACAUUUCCUUAUUGAACACAACAUUUCUUAAUCUAACAACUGUAAAUAAAUAAAUUAACCAACUUGAUUAUAUUUAUUUUUAAAAUGUAACAUUUUUUAAUUGUUCAUUCUCCUAAACUAAUAUUAUAAAUUUGUUGGAGGCGAAUCAAUAUAAAUAUAUUUCUAUAAUCCAAUUGAGCUUUAUAGAUUGCAAUUUUAGCAAAAGUUAUUUUAUUCAUACAUUUGGCUUACAACUAAAAGGCAAAUUUAUACUUUAAAAUUUAGUUAUGAAGAAUUGUUUUAUGAGAAAUUCAGCUUUAAUAACUAUUCCUGUUACUAUAACUACGACAAUUAAUGAUUUGCAUCUUUAAAGCGUUUAGUUUUACGAUACUGAUUUCAUUCAAGUAUCUUCUUCAGCAUUUAUUUAAAACAUUAUUGUGUAAGAUAGUAAGUUUUCGAAUUCCAAAAUCAUCCACAAAAUCAAAUCUCUCAUAUCCUCUGCUAAGGAGGAAUAUCUUAUAGAAAAUCUCUAAAUAUUCGAUUGCUAUUAUUAGGAACUCAACAUUGUAUUAAUGCCUUAAUACAGUAUUGAAGAUAUUAAAGUAACAUUAAGAUCUAUUUAAACUUAAAGCCUUCAUUCCCUUAAUUAUUAUUUGAACAUGGACUAUCCAUUGUUUCAAUUUUAAGUAGCUCAAAUAAUAAUUGAAGAUAUUAAAUUGAUACGAUAACCUGGAUCUAAAGAUUUUAUCAUUAAGGGUUGCGAGUAUGUUUCCAUCUCAGAUGUCUAAAUACUAUCCAAUUUAGUUCAGAUUUCAUCUGAUUCAAGCGAAUUAAUACAAUAAACUUUAAAUACUAUAUUUAUCGUUGAGGCAUAGUAAUUGAAAUUAGAAAACAUUCAUGUGUAAAAUCAAUUAAGUGUUAAUGUCAUUUUUUUUUAUUUUAAUCUAAUUAAAUUACAAGAUUCAUAAGAUUGCUAUUUAAGAAUCUAAAAUAUACAACUUGAUAAUAUUCAAUUAAUUAAACAGCAGUUUUCAGAAAUAUCAACAAUAUUUUAUAUUACAAGUUUGAUUGCUUAAAAUAUAUCAAUUUCGGAAUCUUAAUUUAAUGGUAUAUUCCUUAAUGAAUUUGUUUAAGAUACUAAAAUAUCAUCUGCAGCAAUUGCUGUUAUUGUUUCAGAACAGAGUAACAUAAAAUUGGAAAAUAAUUUAAUAAAUGAUGUUGUUGUUCUGAAUUCAAGUAAUUCCAUCUUCUUAAUUUAAACUUAGUAUACUAUCUUAGAAAACAUUACUAGUGUUAAUGUAAAUCAUUUUUAAUCUUACAUCAAUAAAUAUAAAUAGAAAUUAUUAAUGCAAUUUGAUUUGAUAAACGCUCAUUUCCUAAUAAAUUCAUAUGGAGGAUUAUAUAAUUUCUUAACCUAAAACCUAAUAAUAUUUUCUUGUCAUUUUGAAAAUAGUGUAGGAUUAUGGGGAGGAGUCUUAAGCAUCACAACUAAGUUUUUUGGAUUAAUUGAUAUCUAAUAAACAAUUUUCAUUAACAUGUCCACUAAUGUUCAUAAAAGUCAAGAGGGAAGAGGGGGUAGCAUUUUCAUUAAUUCAGAAAAUUCAUACCUAAAUUUAACUAUUAAAAAUACUUAAUUUUUAAAUUCAACAAGCGGCUUAGAAGGGGGUGUAAUGUAUAUCAAACCUUCUCAAUAUUAGUGUUAUUUGAAAUUAUAAAAUGUUACCUUUAAAGACGUUUUUGCUGUUCAUUACUCAGCUAUAUUUUUUUAAAUAAUUGAAUCUAAUUUUGAUUAAAUCUCCUCUAUUGAAUUAUUCAAUAUUGAAAUAGAAAAUUAAUUGUUACAAUUUAUUUCAUUUUUAAAAGCCUAUUCGAUAGAUCUAACUGAUUCAAAAAUAAAUGAAUAAUCUGCCUUGUUUUCUCUUAGGAAUUUCUAAAUUUACUUGAAUGGUCUAAAAGUUACCGGAUUUUUCAUUUAACCUAUUCUUUACAUAACUUAUGUAAAAUGCCUAUUUAUGGAUAAACUAAUUCUAUAUAAUAUAACAUCAUUGUACAGUCCUCUAAUCUAUAUUGAAAAUAUGCCAUAACACAAAUCUGCACUCUUAAUAAAAUCAACCCUUAUUACUUCCUUUAAUGAACUUGAUUAAAGUUUGAUAAAAAAAUAUUCUUAAAUUGAAAAUAUCAACUUGUCUAACCUAAAUUUUGAAUCCUUAUUAGAAAUAGUUCUUAAUACCAACCUUACUUCAGCUUAAGUAGUUUCACUCAAUAUGCAGAAUAAUAAUUGCAAAACUUGUUAAUCUGGAUUAGUUAAUAUUAACAAUAAAUAAGUAAUCAAGAAGGUUAGAUUGAUAAAUUUGUACUUCUUUUAAAAUUCAUGUGGUUUAGGAUCUUGUUUAUUCUUAAAUUCUUUAAUUAGUGAAAUUUUUCACUUUUUGUCUUAAUCUAUAUUUUGCUAUAAUUCUGCUCAAACUGGAGGUGCAAUUUAAUUAACCAACUUUAGAUUGAAAAUUCACUAAACAUUCUUUUUAUCAAAUGUGGCUUUUGGUUCUGGAGGUGCUAUCUAUUAUUAAACUUCAAAUUAGUCGCAAUUACUAUAAUUUAAGUAUGUAAGCUUUGUAAACAAUCAAGCCUAAAUAGGAGGGGCUAUUUAUGAUAAAAAUAAAUAUAGUUUGGAUUCCGUAUCUUUCUAAUUAAUUAAUAAUAAAGCACAUUAUUUUGCCAAUAAUUUAGCCACAGAACCGACCCAACUCUCACUCCUAAUCAAUAAUAAACCUACAAACAAAAAAAGUAUAAUGGUUGAAAAUAAAACCAUUUAGAUUAUUAGUUAUUUAAAUGAUUCUAAACUAACAAAAUUUAUAUAUAUGCCUAGCGGAGUUUCCUUAAACAGCUAUUAAAAGUUUAAUAUGAAAACUAGUGCUUAUUCUAUGUUAAAUUACAAUUACACUCUUCAAGCUGUAAAUUGUUUCAAUGAAUAAAUUUAUGAUCUAAAACAGACUUAGUGCUAAUUAAAGAUCAAUUAAAUACAGAAAAAUAAAUCAUAAGAAAUAAGUAGAAACUCUGAGAUUAAAGAGCUGAUAUUUGAUGAAGAGGAAUAGAGCUAUGAUCUAAAAGAUCAGGUAUUUACUUUAGAUCCAUAUCAAAAUGAUAGUUACUAUCUAUAAAUUGACACUUCCUGCAAUUCUUUUUCAACUAAAGAUUAUUAUCUAAGAUUCUUUGUAAAAACUUACCAUUGUUAAAUUGGAGAAUAUUUUGAAAACAAUAAAUGCUUAAAAUGUGAUAGCUUAUAAGGAUAUUAUUCAGUUGAACUUAAAAGUACUUAAUGUAAUAGAAUGAACAUUUAAAUGAUAAAAAGCACUACUGGAGCAAUGAUAGAACUAUAACCUGGCUAUUGGCGACCCUUCUUUAAAUCAAAUAAAAUUGAGUAAUGCAAAAAAUAUCCAAACCGAUGUCUCGGAGGAUGGGAUGUAUCAGAUAACUCAUGUUUUAUUGGAUCAUUUGGAGCAUUAUGUGAAGAAUGCGACUUAUUUAAUCUCAGAGGACAAGGAUCUUAUCUUAACAAUAAAGAAAGCGUCUGCCAGUCAUGUGGUAAAUUUAGUGUUUAGUUAAUAUUCAUGGUUUUAGAGUCUAUAUGGAUUAUUCUAUUAAUAAUUCUGACUGUCAGAAGUAAUAACCUUUCAAACAAAUAGUUAUUUAAGCUUAAAUGCAUAUAUCGCCACUAUCAAACUAUCUAUAAGCAAAUGAUGGAUUAAACAAGCACUCUUAUUAAAAUGGCUAAUAACAAUUUUUAAAUAUUGUCACUAAUUAGCACAUUAUAAAUCAGCAUUUUCUCGAGUCUGUCAAACUUUGUAAUAUUUUUAGGAGAUUCUACUUAUAUUAUAACAUAUUAACUUGAUUGCUCUAUUCCCUCAAUUGCAACAAUACAAUACGAAUAUGCUCACUUUAUAAUAGUUUUACUUUUACCAUUAUUUCAUUUUGGCAGUUGUUGUUUCGUAUUUCUAAUCUUUCUUGUUAAAAAAUAUGUGACAUUUUCAAAAUCAUAUAUAUACUCUUCUAUUAUUUAUAUAUACUGUUUAAAUUUACAAAACAUUAUGAAAUGGGGCGUAUCCUUAAUCACUAAACGACAAUUAUCUGGGAUUGAUUGGAUCUAAGCUAAUGUUGCUAGUAGAUAUGACACGGAAACACAUAGUCUUUGGUCAAAAAGAUUCAUAUAUCCAAUUUUGAUUCUAUUAGGAGUCUUAAUUCCAGCCUUCCUUUUUGUUUAAAUGAAAAAAAUAAGAAAAUCUUUGGAUGAUAGGAAUUCAAUUUAGAAGUUCUCAUUUUUGUAUAAUGAAUACACUGAUAAGUCUUAUUAUUGGGAAAUCAUCAAGAUGUUACAAAAGAUAUCAAUAAUUUUAAUCGUAAAUUAUUUUGAAUAAUCAAUAUUAAUAAAGGGAAUUUUUAUGUUUCUUAUAGUUUUAAUUUACUAUAAACUUUGCUUAGAAAUUCAACCCUAUAAAUUAUAAUCCAUAAGUUAGAUUGAUUGUAAGAUUUCGUUUUUAUUAUCAAUCACUCUUAUUUGCAGUGUUUUACUAUAUGUGAUCUAAUAGGAAGACCUAUUUUAUUUGAGUUAUGCAACACAAAUUAUAAUAGUGUUCCUGAUAUACAAAUAAGCAGAAUUUCUUUUGAGGAGGAUUUUGAUAGUAUAUGUUUAAAGACUCAACCUACAAUUAGAUAAGCUAAGGCAGGAAAUUCUCUUCAGAUUUCCAAGAAUAUAUAUUUAAUAUGUGUGUCUGAGACCAUACUUAAUGUUAAGAAAGGAAUAGCAAGAGAGAAUUUAAUUGAGAUUCAAAAAGAUUCGAUAAUAUAUAAAAACUUAAUAGAGAUACGUCAAGGAGAAAAACAUCUAUUUUAGCCAUACUUAGAGAGAAUCAAGUUUGAUUGGAUCUUACCCUCCAACUUAUAAUUCGAGUCGCCGUCUUUACACUGGAGAGAAUGGGCAAAUAUUAAAAUCAAGUGAAUGA